AUGUUAAUUAAAAAUUCAAAUAUAAUAAAUAAUGAUAAUAAUAAUAAAAGUAUUGCUAGUCAAUUGGUAGAAGCAGCUCCAUAUCAAAUAAAAUCAUAUUUACAAUUAAUAAGAAUGGAUAAACCAAUAGGUAGUUGGUUAUUAUUUUGGCCAUGUGGAUGGAGUUUAGCAAUGAGUACCACAGCUGGUUCAUUACCAUCUUUAUAUUAUUUAAGUUUAUUUGGUUUUGGUGCAUUUAUAAUGCGUGGAGCUGGUUGUACAAUUAAUGAUUUAUGGGAUCAAGAUAUUGAUUCAAAGGUACAUAGAACUAAAGAUCGUCCAUUAGUUACUGGUCAAAUAAAUAAUAAAUCAGCAUUAAUAUUUUUAUCAUUACAAUUAUCAUUAGGAUUAUUAAUAUUAUUACAAUUUAAUUUAUAUACAAUAAUAUUAGGUUCAAGUUCAUUAGUUUUAGUUAUAUUAUAUCCAUUAAUGAAACGUAUUACAUAUUGGCCACAAUUAAUAUUAGGCAUGACAUUUAAUUGGGGUGCAUUGUUAGGUUGGUCAGCUAUUUAUGGUGAUCAGAUGCCAUGGUCAGCUGCAAUACCAUUAUAUUUAGCUGGUGUUUGUUGGACAAUUAUUUAUGAUACAAUUUAUGCACAUCAAGAUAAAAUUGAUGAUGUUUUAAUUGGUUUAAAAUCAACAGCUAUUAAAUUUGGUACAAAUACUAAAUUUUAUUUAAAUAUGUUUACUUGUGGAAUGCUAACAAAUUUAAUUCUAAGUGGUUUAAUUUGUGAACAAACAUGGCCUUAUUAUUUAUCAUUAACCAUGAUAUCAACACAUCUAUUACAUCAAAUUCAUUAUUUAAAUAUUAAUAAUCCUUUAGAUUGUGCAAAUAAAUUUAAAUCAAAUCAACAUGUUGGACUUAUUUUAUUUAUUGGUAUUGUAUUAGGUACAUUAUUUAAACAACAAAAACAACAACAAAUUAUUAAUAAUAAUAAUAAUAAUGAUAAUAAUAAUACUACAACAAUACUUGAUUAA